CCGCCAGUUGGUCCUUCGGUCCCUCCCUUGGGACGCCCGCUCAGCCAGACUUCAGGGCCGAGGGGGCGCGGGAACAGGCGGGCUGCCGCUGGGACUGGGCUCCCGCAGGGAUGGGGGGCGAGCGACAGCAUUACUACGGAAAGCACGGAACUCCACAGAAGUAUGAUCCCACCUUCAAAGGACCCAUUUACAACAGGGGCUGCACAGACAUCAUUUGCUGUGUGUUCCUCCUCCUGGCCAUCGUGGGUUACGUGGCUGUAGGGAUCAUAGCUUGGACCCAUGGGGACCCUCGAAAGGUAAUCUACCCUACUGAUAGCCGAGGCGAGUUCUGUGGGCAGAAGGGCACGAAAAAUGCGAACAAACCUUACCUAUUUUAUUUCAACAUUGUGAAGUGUGCCAGCCCCCUGGUCCUGCUGGAAUUUCAGUGUCCUACCCCCCAGAUCUGCGUGGAGAAGUGCCCCGACCGAUACCUCACCUACCUGAAUGCUUACAAAUCCCAGGACUUUGAGUAUUACAAGCAGUUCUGCGUGCCUGGCUUCCCGAAAGACAAGAGUGUGGCUGAGGUGCUUCGGGAUGGCGACUGCCCUGCUGUCCUCACUCCCAGCACACCCUUGGCCCGGCGAUGCUUCCCAGCCAUCCACGCCCACAAGGGGGUCCUCAUGGUGGGCAAUGAGACGACCUAUGAGGAUGGGCACGGUACUCGGAAAAACAUCACAGAGCUGGUGGAAGGCGCCAAGAAGGCCAACGGGGUCCUGGAGGCGCGGCAGCUGGCCAUGCGGAUAUUUGAAGAUUACACAGUCUCCUGGUACUGGAUUAUCAUAGGCCUGGUCAUCGCCAUGGUGAUGAGUCUCCUGUUCAUCGUGCUGCUCCGCUUCCUGGCUGGCAUUAUGGUCUGGGUGAUGAUUGUCAUGGUGAUUCUGGUGCUGGGCUAUGGAAUAUUUCACUGCUACGUGGAGUACUCCCGACUGCGUGGGAAGGCUGGCUCCGACAUCUCCCUGAUGGACCUCGGCUUUCAGACAGACCUCCGAGUGUACCUGCACUUGCAGCAGACCUGGCUGGCCUUCAUGAUAAUUCUGACCAUCCUCGAGGUUAUUAUCAUCUUGCUGCUCAUCUUUCUACGGAAGAGAAUUCUCAUUGCCAUUGCACUCAUCAAAGAAGCCAGUAGGGCUGUGGGAUACGUGAUGUGCUCCAUGCUAUAUCCACUGGUCACCUUCUUCUUGCUGUGCCUUUGCAUCGCCUAUUGGGCCAGCACUGCUGUCUUCCUGUCCACUUCCAACGAAGCCAUUUAUAAGAUUUUUGGUGAUGUCAACACCUGCCCAGUUGUUGGGAAAACCUGCAACCCUGAGACCUUCCCCUCCUCCAAUGAAUCCCGCCUGUGUCCUGGUGCCCACUGCCAGUUCGCCUUCUAUGGGGGUGAGUCAGGUUACCACCAGGCCCUGCUGGGCCUGCAGAUCUUCAAUGCCUUCAUGUUCUUCUGGCUGGCCAACUUCGUGCUGGCUCUGGGCCAGGUCACCUUAGCUGGGGCCUUCGCCUCCUACUACUGGGCCCUGCACAAGCCAGAUGACCUGCCUGCCUUCCCGCUCUUCUCUGCCUUCAGCCGGGCACUCAGGUACCACACAGGCUCCCUGGCCUUUGGUGCCCUCAUUCUGGCCAUUGUACAGAUCAUCCGAGUGAUGCUGGAGUACUUGGAUCAGCGCCUAAAAGCUGCGGACAACAAGUUUGCCAAGUUCCUUAUGACCUGUCUCAAAUGCUGCUUCUGGUGUUUGGAGAAGUUCAUCAAAUUCCUCAACAGGAAUGCCUACAUCAUGAUUGCCAUCUAUGGCACCAACUUCUGCACCUCAGCCAGGAAUGCCUUCUUCCUGCUCAUGAGAAACAUCAUCAGAGUGGCUGUCCUGGACAAAGUUACUGACUUCCUCUUCCUGUUGGGCAAACUUCUGGUUGUGGGUAGCGUGGGAAUCCUGGCUUUCUUCUUCUUCACCCAUCGUAUUAGGAUCGUGCAAGACACAGCACCGCCUCUCAAUUAUUACUGGGUCCCUAUACUGACAGUGAUUAUCGGCUCCUACCUGAUUGCCCAUGGCUUCUUCAGCGUCUACGGCAUGUGUGUGGACACGUUGUUCCUCUGCUUCUGUGAGGACCUGGAAAGGAAUGACGGCUCUCAGGAGCGACCCUACUUCAUGUCGCCUGAGUUGAGAGACAUCCUGUUGAAGGGGAGUGCGGAGGAGGGGAAGCGAGUGGAAGUCGAGGAGUAGAGAAGGAGGGAGGCCUGCUCCUUGCUUCCUCCCUGUAGACUGGGGGUGCAUGCGGGGCUUCCUUGCCUGGGAGUGUGGGGAGCGUGUAUGUGUCCCGUUCCCGAGCCCACUAUAGUCCGCUCCUCCAGCCCCAGUAUGUCUUGCUUCCUAACCCUCUGGGGCUUCUCUGUGGCCCUGCCUGCCCGUGUUGUGUACCCAGAAGCCCCUGCCUGUGGCCUCCCCUCAUGCCACCUGCUCUGGGGUCUCUCUCCACAGUGGAGGACCUGGAGAGGAAUGAUGGCUCGGCCGAGAGGCCUUACUUCAUGUCUUCCAACCUUAAGAAGCUUUUGAACAAGACCAACAAGAAGGUGGAGUCCUAAAGGCCCUGUCUUCCCCCACCUCCCUGGAAAGUCUCAUUCUGGGUGCUUGGCAGCCGGGUCAGAACCCCUAGCCCAUUGGGCUAACCUGAAGUCCUGUCACUGCCAUCCCCCAUCAUCCAAUUACCCCAGUUUCCAGGUACGUGGAGGAUUUGUGGCAUCUCUUCCCCACGCCAAGGGGCAGUCAGACUUUUCAUGGCAGCCCCCUCAAGACUGCACAAUGAGUCACUCCAGCCCUCACUGGCCUGGAUGGGGAGAAGUCCCAUGAGGGCUCUUGAUGUGUCUGGCAUACGAUGGAGCCCAACCUCUGUGGGCUGUUUCAAGCUUCCUGUUCUGUCUCAUGGUACGACUGGCAUUUGUUUGCUGGAGCAGUGGCCACAGUAAGCUCCAGUUCCGAAAGGCUCUGUUCACUUGUGUCUGCUCAAGCCAGGACUGAGCCCCUUCUCCAUAGCUGAACAACUGGCUCACAGGUCGCCACAUGCAUUUCUUUAUUAUUUUUUUAAGCUGGACAUGCAUUAAAGCGUAUAUUAGCUUUUUUCUGUCUGUCUCAACAGCUGAGAUGGGGCCACAGAGGAGUGCCUUCUGUUUAUCUGGCAUGGCGGGUGGGAGUGCGUGCCCAGGUGGGGGUGUCUCCUGGCAGGCCAGGCAGCAGCAGGCCGUGCUGAUGGGAUAUGAGGAGUGAGACUAUUCUGGGACGCUGGGGGAGCUGGAGGGAGGAGACUGCUAACAGCCGCCUAAUGGAAACCUGCUGGCGGCUAGAAGAGCUGGGCUGAAGUCCGCCUCCCCCACCUCCAGUUACUGACACAGCUCUCUUUGUAAGAGAGGAAAGAAACUGAAUCCACCCAAGGGAUGAUUUCAGGGGAAGGGGUGUGGGGCAGAUGCCACAGGCACACAGGCCCCCCUGCCCAGGCAUCUCAUCUUGAAGAUCCUUUUGCCAAAUUUGCUGAACUUGGGACCUGGUCUCCUGGUUCCCCUGCAGCAUAUCCUAAGGCCCCCGAUUUCAUGUCUUUGCUCAUCAGCACCGUCCAGGAUCCCUGAGAGGGAGAAAUCCCUGCCUGGGGUCUCUGUACUGUGCCUGUUGUCAGACCUCCCACCCCCGUUCUGUCCACACACCCCUGCGUGUAACUGCAUUCCAACCACUAAUAAAGUGCCUAUUGUACAG